AUGUGCGCCAGCUCCAAGCGCCUCGACGACGCGCUCUCCGCCGGUUUCGUCCGCCUACUCAACGCCGGCCACGUCCAGGAUUCUGAAUCUGCUAGCGGAACCGACGGGCGCUACGACCCCAAGCCGGGCGACUUCGCCGUCGGGGUCGUGGUCUCCGGCACCGAGGCGCGCCUCGACGUCGCGGUCGGCGCCGACCGUCUCGCCACGCUGCUCGCCAAGGAGCUUCUCCCGCUCGACCGCGACAGUGCUGACCCGCCGACGCGACAAGCUCUGCCUGGGCCGGGGAGCAUCGGCGUCGUGGCGGGUCCCACCGUGGACGACGACAAGGAGGCCCGGACAGAAGCGCGGGAGCAGGACGCUGGUGGCGCCUGGGACGACAGAUUCUGCAACUCGACGAGCCAAUUGAGGCUAAGAUUUAGGCCAACUUCAUUUCAGGGUCUGAGAGCAUUCCUUCCUAAAUUUGAGCUCGUCGACAGGAUAAGUUCAUUUACAGACUUGAAAAACAAAGUCGGUUGCAGCAUUCGUGUGUGCAUUGCAAGGCUCGAUGAAGAAACUAACGACCUGAUAAUUAGUGAGAAGAAAGCAUGGGAAAUGACUUAUCUUAAAGAAGGAACCCUCCUACAAGGGACUGUUCGCAAGAUUUUUCCAUAUGGUGCACAAGUUAGGAUUGCUGGGACAAACAGAAGUGGCUUACUUCACAUAUCGAAUAUUAGUCGAGGCAAUGUUUUGUCAGUAAGUGACAUCCUGAAGAUAGAUGAUGAGGUGAAAGUUGUCGUGAUCAAGUCAAAUGUCCCUGACAAAAUUGCACUGAGCAUAGCAGAACUCGAGAGUGCACCUGGUUUGUUUCUUUCCGACAGAGAGAAAGUGUUCUCAGAAGCUGAGGAAAUGGCAAAGAGGUACAGGGAGCAGCUUCCAGUUGUCUCUCAGAACCCUACAUUAGAUGAUGGCCUUCCAGGAGAAAUGCUACCAUUUGAUGACGAAGCUAAACUGUAUGCAAACUGGCAAUGGUUCAAAUUUCUGCAUCUUAACUGA